ACAGGAAUUGGGGCCGGGAUCGGAGCUGGGGCGCUGGAGCUGCCUGCUGACCGCCCCCCUCUCCCCUGGGCAGUGCGACUUCACCGAGGACCAGACCGCGGAGUUCAAGGAGGCCUUCCAGCUGUUUGACCGGACAGGGGAUGGCAAGAUCCUGUACAGCCAGUGCGGGGACGUGAUGAGGGCCCUGGGCCAGAACCCCACCAACGCCGAGGUGCUCAAGGUUCUGGGGAACCCCAAGAGUGAUGAGAUGAACGUGAAGGUGCUGGACUUUGAGCACUUCCUGCCCAUGCUGCAGACAGUGGCCAAGAACAAGGACCAGGGCACCUACGAGGACUACGUGGAAGGCCUGCGGGUGUUCGACAAGGAGGGGAACGGCACGGUCAUGGGCGCCGAGAUCCGCCACGUCCUUGUCACGCUGGGAGAGAAGAUGACAGAGGAGGAAGUCGAGAUGCUGGUGGCCGGGCAUGAGGACAGCAACGGCUGCAUCAACUACGAAGCGUUUGUGAGGCAUAUCCUGUCGGGGUGACUGGCCAUGGGGCGGAGCUCGUCCGCAUGGUGCUGAAUGGCUGAGGACCCCCAGCACGCCCGGAGCCGGCGCGGCCCGAGGCUUCCUAGGUCGCAGGCAGCUUGUCUCCCAGCUGGACGAUGUCUGCGUGAGCAGUCACCAAAUAAACUCGCUUUCUGUGCCCUGGG